AUGGCAGUUGUAACUUGUGUGCAAACAAUUAGAGGCAAGCGGACCCCCAAAGUGCAAAGCCUAAUAGGAUUGGAGGCACACAGAGUGUUGCUGGGCGACUGGGCGAGCGGGCGAGCGGGCGAGCGGGCGAGCGGGCGAGCGGGCGAGCGGGCGAGCGGGCGAGCGGGCGAGCGGGCGAGCGGGCGAGCGGGCGAGCGGGCGAGCGGGCGAGCGGGCCGGGCGGCGCUGCAGAGUGUGCCUUCCGUUGGUCUGCCCGCGUUGCGCCAUGGAGGGGAGCUGGCAGGGUCGUGCUCGGUCAGGCACGUGAUGAGGCAGGAGUAG